CAGAACUCCAUCAGUUUUCUAUUGGUCUACACUACGCCAACUGAACGUUUCAAAAACGUGUAGAAUGUCUUCAUGAAUUCUACACUGACUAUCGUAAUCGGGCAUCACAAUCUAUCUAUCUCGCCCGGCUUGAGUUCAUGGCGGACGCUCCAGAAAAACACCCCACGAGCCGUGAACUUUACGAGUCCUGUCUCACCGGUGCCCAUGAUCGGCCAUUUAUCCCGCGACUGAGGUCCGACCCUCCUCCCUUUCAUCUGGUUCCGCACAAUCUUCUCGAGUUUCGAAAGCAAGAGGGGAAGGAGGAGCGGGAGAGACGUUUGCAUGAACUGUGGAAGCAUUUGCCUAAUUCGAGCUACCAUGGAUCGGGAGUAGCUGCAUCAAGAACGUUUCCUGCUGGGGACCCGCUGGCGGCACAGAGAGCGGAGGAAAUGAAGAAGGUAUAUGAGGAUGAGCUCCUUGGGAAGUGUGGAGGUCACAUAACGAAUGAACGGCCUAGUCAUAUUAGGUGGCCUGAGUUUCGGCGGUAUGCCGAGACCAAGGAAGCUGAAUUAUGGUCGAUAUUCCAUGAUGAGCUGGAUCUCGAUGGCAAUGGCCACCUCGAUGCGCAGGAAUUGACAUUAGCAUUGAGCAAAGCCGGGAUAACACUUCCGCCGUCCACACUGACUGAAUUCAUGACGUAUCUGACCUGGUCGUCACAUUCACAUAUGAUCAACUUUCGGGAGUUCAGGGAUUUCUUAUUAUUAUUACCUCGAAAGGCAUCCGCGGCUGAAAUAUACCAAUACUACGAAGUGAAGAGGUUUAUGGGAGAUGACGGAAGGGGAGCGGCGCGGGUAACAAUGGAAGGUGACGUCAGUCUCAGUGCGGAAGACAAGCCUCUACUAUCACUAUGGGACAGUUCCGAUGUGAUUGGAGAUGACGAAUUCGAUGACGAGGUAGAGGAACACCAUGAUUGGCUGGGAGCUCCUACUGCUUUCAAGUUUCUCAUGGCUGGUGGAUUCGCAGGAGCUGUGUCUCGAACAUGUACAGCACCUUUUGAUCGUGUGAAAAUUUUCCUAAUCACUCGCCCUCCUGAGAUGGGCGGCGCUGCGAUCCAACCUAAGCCAGGGAUGGGAGGAUUAAAAGCGAUCGCAGGCGCAGUUGCACGCAUCUAUUCCGAAGGCGGUGCACUUGCGUUCUGGACGGGCAAUGGCCUUUCCGUGCUGAAGAUAUUCCCUGAAUCGGCUAUCAAAUUCUUGACGUAUGAAUCGGCUAAACGAGCUUUCGCACAAUAUUGGGAUCGUGUGGAGGACACGAGGGACAUUAGCGGAACAAGUCGCUUCCUCUCCGGAGGUCUUGGCGGAAUUUCAAGCCAGCUUAGUAUAUAUCCAAUCGAGACACUGAAGACACAAAUGAUGAGUUCGACAGGCGACCAGAAACGAAGCCUCGUGGGUGCUGCCCGGAGAGUGUGGCAACUUGGCCGCUUCCGAGCCUUCUACCGCGGUUUGACGAUCGGUCUCAUUGGAGUUUUCCCAUACUCGGCGAUUGAUAUGAGCACCUUUGAGGCAUUGAAGUUGGCAUAUUUGCGAUCGACUGGGAGAGACGAGCCUGGUGUGCUUGCUAUUCUUGCCUUUGGGAGCAUAUCUGGGAGUGUAGGUGCCACGAGCGUGUAUCCGUUAAAUUUGGUACGGACGCGGUUACAGGCAUCAGGUUCGUCAGGCCAUCCACAGCGCUAUAAGGGUCCUUGGGACGUAGUGACAAGGACGUAUCAACGGGAUGGGUGGAGAGGAUUUUAUCGCGGACUAUUCCCGACAUUAGCGAAGGUCAUCCCUUCAGUCUCUAUAUCAUACGUUGUCUAUGAACACAGCAAGCGAAGGCUCGGUGUAUAGACAUCUAUUUACAUUUCUGCUACCUUAGAUCGAAUUUAUGAUCCUUUGCAUA